AUGUCACCAGACGUUCUUCGUAAAAUCAAAGACUCUAUAAGUUCAUCUUUACAAAAUGACUGUGAUGACCUUGAUCAUACUUACAUACAGCUGGAAAAUGAAAAUGACGUGACACUUCCAGUUGCUUUCUGCACACUUAGCUUUUACGAAAUUUACAAUUGUUUACAUGACGUUGGAGGAACACGAUUAAUUACAAAAAGUAAUCUUCCUUCUUCCAUUGGUCUUGGCCACGCAUGUGUUGGUGAAUUACAGCAUGUUGGGCAAAUAAAAUGUAAUAUACCUGCUGGAUCUUAUUCAACACACAACACAAUACUUUUAGGUCAUUUACAAGCCUUUGGAUUGGAGCAAGUCGAUAUAAAUGGUGAUGGUAAUUGUUUUUUUACUGCGAUUGCAUUCCAAUUGUCAAAUUUAUUCUCUUCCAAUUCAAUGACUCAGUGUACAAAUGAUUAUCUAGCAAGUAUUGGCUUAACUUCAGACAUGUGCAUCCAAAUGUUGGCUGUUCAGCUAAGAACAUUAGUUGUACAAGAAUGGAGAGGUGACGCAGUUGCAGAUGAAUAUGUCAAUUUUUUACCGUAUGACAUAGACUACUUUGCUGAAGUAGCCAGAUUUGAGACUUCAGGGGUAUUUAGUGGUCCUAUGGGUGAUCUGAUGCCUCUAGCAAUAGCCAAUUGUUUGGGAAUCCCUCUUGCGAUUGUCACUUCUGAACCAAGUAGUCCUUUAAUCAGCAUAUGUCCAAGUCGUAAUAUUCUGUCAACCACGCCUAUUUUUCUGGCAUACUCCGCGUAUGGUCCUGGACAUUAUGGUGCAGCUUUAACCUCUUCUUCAACCACACUGGAAACAUCGUCUGCAGGUAUAUAUAUUAUUUUCACGAAACAGACUGUAUUGUUAAUUGUGCAUAAUUUGAGGUAAGCAUGCAGUAAGUGAAAAAAAUAAAGAAAUGUUUACUUUUAAAAACUAUGUAAAAUUGACAUAAUAUUUUGCUCCCACAUUUUUAAUAUUUCAUUCAGAUUGGACAUAAAUGUACUAGUUAGAACAUGAGCAGCCAAUCGUCAUCUGAUAUACAAACUCGAGCUGAUUGAAGGUAAGAGUUUGUAUAUCAGAUAAAGAUCGGAUAACUAGUAUACUUAAAACGACCCAUCUAAAUAGAUCUUAUGAGUUUAUUGGCGAAGUAAUUUUAAAAAUAAACAUUGUCUAAGCUGAGAAAAUGAUCGAAGUUAAAGUUUAUGUAAAUCAUGACAAAUCUUUAUCCGAUUUAUACAAACAUUGAUUAAAAAUUUAUUUUGUCUUUUCCUCAUGAAUUAUUAAUGACUAGUAUUUUAAAUACUAUAGUUAACAGACUAUAUACAGACACAGACUACUCAUACUGAAAUUAGGCGAAACAUUUUUUUCAAGGUGCAACAAUACAGCCAGAAAGACAAAUGGAUUGCGAAGCUGAUAAAGAACAAUCUAACCAUGAAAAGGGAUCUGAUGUUAUGCAGUCAACAUAUAUAG